AUCAAAUUGGAUCGUAUAACGGGCAAAUCGAAGGGAUACGGCUUCAUUAAGAUGUCAACGUUGGAGGAGCAGCAGAAAGUGCUAGACACAGGGCAUUUGAUUGAUGGCCGCGUGAUUGAGGUACGUAUACCGAUUCGUACUCAAGAUCCAGAAGCGAAGAAGACACGAGCUGAUGUGCUAUCGACGAAGAUACACGUGGGACGAGUGCCUGACGACUUCACACUUCAAGAUCUCUACAAGGGUUUCUCUGAGAAGGCGCAAGAAAUGUCACCGCAUGCCAGGGUGGGUGCCGUUAUUAUUCUCUUCGUUUUUUUUGUUUGA